AUGAAAAUCAUCGACGUCUUACUAAAGAAUGUGAAAAAUGAAGACAUAAACACAAACGAUGCAGCAACAAUUUUCGCUAGCGCCAAGAGGAACAUGCACGGGCUAGGCGAUCAAAUUGUUGCUCGGUUGAAGGCCAAAGGCAUCGUCGGCAUUGAUGAAUCCCAAAAACCCGAAAUGGACGUAGAAAUGAUUCGUUUGCUAAUCAAAAGUGAACGCAAUAUUGGCACUAAAACAUUUGGGGAAACCGAAAUGAAUCUACUCCAUGUGGUAGCAUUUGAUGCAAAGACGACGGAUGUCAUCGACGCCGUUCUGGAAACGGGAGAAUUCGACAUCAACGGAGGUGACAACGACGGACAGACACCUCUCCAAUAUGCAAUGCAGGGGAAAAAUCCUACGAUCAUAGUGGCUCAUCUAUUACAAAAGGGAGCCGAUCCCAACGUUGCUGACAAGUAUGGAUUUAUGCCACUAACUAUGGCGGUCUUUUCCGCCAAAGACGUGCACAUGGUCGAGUUACUCCUCAAUCAUCCGGACGUGGAUGUCAAUUACUUGGACAACUGGGGAAGAAAUGCGCUCGAUUACGCAGAGGGCAACAAACACGGGCACGGCGAAAGAAUUGCCAAUCUGUUGAAAGCGAAAGGCGCCAUGAAAAGAGAAAACAAACCGGAUGCGAGGGCACGGGGUCUAGAUCGUGUCAUAAAAGAUUCGAAUGUACGAAUGAUUCGUGAGCUAAUCAAUAAAGGAUUAAAGAUUAGCGCUGAGAAAUGGGGGGAAAGCAAAAUGAAUGCACUUCAUGUGGCCUCAUUUCAUGCAAAGACGACAGAUCUCAUCGACGUCAUUCUGGAAACGGGAGAAUUCGACAUCAACGGAGGUGACAACGACGGACUGACACCUCUCCAUCACGCACUACUGGGACUCUAUCCUAAGAGAAACGUUGCUCAUUUAAUUCAACUAGGAGCCGAUCCCAACGUUGCCGACAAGAACGGAGUCACCCCUCUUAAGAUGGCAGCGAGAAAUGCAGAAUCAAUGCACUUGAUUGAACUACUCCUGCUGAAUAGGGAAGCGGUGGGCGUUGGUUACUGCGACAAGCAAGAAUAUUAUUUCUAUCCAACCAAUGUAUGUUUUGUUAACUCUUAA